AUGGUGGACUUGGGCAGCAUCUACCGCACCCUCGCCUCUUUCCCCCCACCUGUACCCGUAGUCAUGAUGGAGUCAAGAAGACCGGAUGCGCAGGUAACUGGCACGUCGUAAACCUAGACGUAGCGCAACAGACUCUGACCAGGAUGUUAUUCUCCAAUACAAAUAAGGGAGCGACACGGAUCCUAAUCGGCCCGAAGUGAACCGGCGACUGGGUGUGUCACCAGACCCCGAAUGUUGGCGUUUUUUGUUGGUGUGCCUGCCUGAUAACGCCUGCCAGAACCCGAUGUGGCUCCCCCGUCGGUUCAGCGCAUCUACCGCGUGGCUCGUUGUAGGGGCUCUUUUCUACUUAGAUGACAUUUGUACAGCAGCAAAUUCCUAAACGGCUUUUCUUUUCAAUGUUGAGUGAAGUCGCACAUUUUUCUAGGUAACUCUCCCUGUUUUAAGACAUACGCCACAAGUUCCUCCUUUUGUUUCACCUAACCUCAUACAUUGUCAACUAACUUGCCCCACGCUUCCAAUGCCCACUUACUAGGGCGGAGUUAACAGAUGCCAGCCAGCUAAAUACCGUCAUUACCACAUUAACAGAAGAUGAAGUUACGUAUUUAAUGCACGAAUGAGGUGCUGCCUCUGUGAACAGCGGGGUGUCAGUCGUGAGGGCUCAACACAAUUUGAAGUAUCGGGAAUGACUUCAUAAUUUACGCAAUCGGAUCGACCCUGUACCACGAGCGUAGCCAAUUCCCAAAAAGUCAGUUUUUGUUGAUGUCUACAUAGAAGUUUUUACAAAACCGAACUUGCCGUCUAGGCUGCCUAUGAGAAGAAACCGUGACAAAUCUCAGCCGCCGACUUUCAAAAAUAACUUCUAUGGUUAAUGGGCUAACGGACUAAUUGUGCAUCGUUCCACUUACACGAAACUAAUGACUACUGCCGUAUCCUGAACACGUCAAGAGCCAAUGGGUGGUCUGUCUCAUAAUAAGGCGUAAUUCAAGUCGAACGUCCUUCACAAUACCUCAAAGUUAUCGUGCAGAUGUAUCUAUCUGCUUUUCCUGGAGGGCAACUUGACGAACGAUCGUUUGCAACAGUUGGUGUUCAGAACAGCGUAAUUGCAGUUGUAAAUGGUUGAAGGUAUCUAAACUACUGUGCGCAACUUUAACUGAUGGGGGUGGUGUGUGUGUAUAAAAAUGGUAAUUCAGCCUUUUCGCGGGUUGCAAAGUGGGGCUGCGCUUUUUUUUAUAAAGAAGUGCUUUCUGGUGAAAGUGUGCCAUAGCUGCCUUGAGUUCGCAGGCGGCAGACACCCAUGUACAGUGCGCGAUGUAUCUGAGGACAUGUUAACCAAAACGCUGAAAUGUGCUUUCGGUUAGAAAGGAUUACUUAAGCGGAAUUGUAAUACUGAUUAUCAUGCAGCGUGGCCCCGAGACAUUUCGAUCGCGUCUGGAUGAUAGCUUUCGGAUACGUUUUUUUCUCGGCGGCUGUAAAAAUCGCACUCGUGACAAAGUGUCUACACAAGCUGUAUGCAUUUCUUGCCAUUGCUUUCCAUUGUUCUUAUAAAUCUGCAUGUAUUUUAGAGGAAACAUGAGUAAAAAUAAACUCUCCUGCACUCAAUUUGUAGAAUAUCACGUCUUCUCUGAGCUGUAUACUUUCAGGAAGGACACACUAUAGAUGCGCUAACUCAUGCAAUUUUGACCCAAAUUCUGAAAUGCGUUUUCGACUCGAAAAUAUUACCUACGUAAGGUGGUAAUAUUAAUCACCGUGCAGCAUAGUCCCAAAAUAAUUCACUUACCUCAAGAUGCCGGCUUUUGGGUGAAAUUCUUUUUUUGGCCGCCUACAAAAAACUACACCUUGUAAAAAGGGCCACUUAUGUAAUAUGAUUUUUUUCAUUAGUUUUCGACGCUCCUAUAAAUUUAUAUAUAUUUCAUAGAGAACUUGCGAAAAAUAUUCAUUCUUCUACUCAUCUGGUAGAAAAUUACGUCUUUUCUAAAUUUUAUGCUUAAAGGAAUCGUAUAAUUUGGUUUUAAAAAGUUUCUAAUUGCGAGACUUUUUAAUGCGGUGAGAUGGCCGUUCAUAAAACGUCAUGCCUCCGCAUUUACUAGUGUUGCUUUUAAAGCUUACAAUAUAACUCAAAUCCACUACUAGAUUUUAUGAACCCUAUACAGCGUCCUCUUCAUACAGUGCAGAAAUGUGUGAUUUUCCUUAUACGGCAAAUAGACAGCUUGUAGUUUGGAAACCCCGAAUGCAAGUGUAAUGGCAAGCCGGUUCUAAACAUGCAUGCAUUUUUCCUAUGGAUUUUCGAUGGUCUUAUAAAUUCAAAUAUAUUUUAAAGAAAACGUGCAUGAAAAUAAGCUUUCUUUUAGUUAUUUGGUAGAAAAUAGCAUUGCCUUUGCACUUUAUGCACGAAGAAAGAGCAUAUUUAGGUUUUAAAAAAGUUUCCCAACUCCCGAAUAUUUUUGAGCCUGAUCUGCCAUUGCAUCAGUCUUCAGCGAUUUCAGUCAACAAGGGAUAUGCUUUCCGCGUAAGGAAAAUCAUAUAUUCCUCUAUGUCUUUAAGAAGAUACCACAUAGAGUUCAUAAAAUUUCGCAAUGGAUCCGAACAAUGUUGGACAUUUCAAUAGGAGCAGGGUUAAACGGACCUGUGCGGUCCUGUAUGCAUGAACAUUGCCUGAUCUUAAAAAUCUCACAACUACAAACUUUUUUAAAACCUAAAUAUACACCUUCUUCGUGCAUAAAAUGCAAAGACAAUGCUAUUUUCUACCAAAUAAGUAAAAGAAAGCUUAGUUUCAUGCACAUUUUCUUUAAAAUAUAUUAGAAUCUAUAAGACCAUCGAAAAUUCAUAGGAAAAAUGCGUGCUACUUAAGUAGUCAUUUUUUUUACCGUGUACGGUAUCUGCAUGAGGGGAAGAAGGAGUAAAUCCAAAAGUCGACAUCCUGACGAGUCCGAAAUGUUAUAGGAUUGUGCCACAUGCUAAUCUUUAUUACAAGCCCACCUAAGUAAUCCUUCCUAAUCAAAAACAAAUUUCAGAAUUUCGACCAACAUUUCAUAAGGUCGGUCACUCACUGUAAAUUCCCGGCCUGACACUUACCCAAGCUCUAAAACUAACUCUACCUCUAAACCGAAACGUUAGGUUGCCCGGUAAGAUGUGGUUGUGUAGCCCUACCUGAUGAACCCAAUAUUGAUGAUGUCGAGGUUAGGGUUAUGGCUAGAGGUUAUUGGUUAGGGGUUAUGGUCAGGGGUUAGGGUUAGGAGUUAGGGCAACUAUUUCUCAACCACUCAAAACACAACCGCGCAUUCCCAAUAGCUCUUUUUGCAUACAACUACUUGACCUCGUCGCCUGUGCGUUCCCCGGUCUACCUGUAAAAGCCCCUAUUACCACCGGUCCCGUAUUACAGGUGGUUGGAGUUUGCUUGCUUCAGGUGGGGCUACAUAACCACAUAUGACCGUUUCCAAAAUAGUAUUUAUAAAAAAAAGCACAAAUCAACCUUUCCUAUGUGCUGAGAUCGGAAAUUAGGACAGAUCCCUAUUUUAAAGAAUUGCAUAUUGUCGCGAUUAACAUCCAUGGAUGGAUGGAUGGAAAGGGAAGAUUCACCUCUCCAUUUCAAAUGGCUCCCUGCUUCAAAUUUCCUGACUGAAAUUAUUAACCAAUCACAGAGACUUUCGUCAGAGGGCCCUCGAGAAGAGUGGCCUAUUUGCCCUCCGCAUAGGUCAGGCGACGAGCUAGCGGAUAGACCUUUAAAAAUUAAGUGACAAAAGUCUCACCUGCCCAGAGAACCUUGCAUUUUCUCAACUUUUCCAUUUAUUUACACAGCAGUAGACGGCAGCCUGCUUACUUCGUUUGCCCGAGCAAACAAGCUCCGUAUGGACUAACAGUGAUAGUAAACAGAGACGGUCACCCAUCAGGCUGCGCAUGACCAUCAUGCAGUAAUUAGACAGUGGUUGGAUUCUUUUCGGCGAUUGUUUUGUUCAAACCCUGUUUCAGUAUGCUAUCGCAUUUUUUUCCGCUCGCUUUCAGUUCAAGAAGUUGCUCAACAAGGAGCUGAACCAGAUACUAGACGGGGAUAAAAUCAGCUCCCAAAUUUCCGACUACAUCUGUUCCACCUUCCUGGACCAGGACGAGUCCGAACAGGCGCCGCCAGCCCCAUCUGACAGUAACAACAACAACGUCUCCCAGCCCAACGAAAAGUCCGUGCAGAACACCCUCACCGCCGAGAAAGUUCGGCGAAUGGUGCCUACUUCCCUGCUGGUGAGGGUGGGUAGUUCCAGAGGCGGUGGAGACGCAGGCAGCCCCUCUAGUGGGACUUCAGCUAACGCCACGGAGGACUCCCAAAAGACCGUGGUUGUGCUGGGUACACGGCCCUUCAGCGUGACGGUUCCCCUGCAGACGUCGGCGACCGCUUCCCUGUUUCAGUAUGUUAUCGCAUUAUUUCCCGCUCGCUUUCAGUUCAAGAAGUUGCUCAACAAGGAGCUGAACCAGAUACUAGACGGGGAUAAAAUCAGCUCCCAAAUUUCCGACUACAUCUGUUCCACCUUCCUGGACCAGGACGAGUCCGAACAGGCGCCGCCAGCCCCAUCUGACUCCUAUAUCCGUGCCUUAUCGUUUAAGUACUCUAUGCGACACGUGAACUCCCGACACUGCUCACUUAUCAUUAGCUCAAUUCAGUCUGUUAUUAAUGCCGGUAACUCAGUCUCCAAUCCCUAA